AUGCUGGAGAGUAUGAUAAAGAAGCCCCGCCCCACCCGUGCGGAGAGCAGUGAUGUCGCUAACGCCGUCCUGGAUGGAGCCGACUGCAUCAUGUUGUCAGGAGAGACGGCCAAGGGUCUGUACCCGGUGGAGGCCGUUCACAUGCAGCAUGCGAUCGCCCGGGAGGCAGAAGCCGCCAUCUAUAACCAGCAGCUGUUUGAAGAAUUGCGCAGAUUGACGCCUCUGACUCAGGACCCGACUGAAGUGACGGCCAUUGGCGCGGUGGAGGCCUCCUUUAAAUGUUGUGCUGGAGCCAUCAUUGUUCUCACCACGUCCGGCAGGUCGGCGCAGCUUCUCUCCCGUUACCGUCCUCGCGCCCCCAUCAUAUCGGUAACACGUAACCAGCAGGUGGCGCGUCAGGCUCACCUCAACCGCGGGGUGUUUCCUGCCUUGUACCGGGAGCCGCAGCUGGAGGUCUGGGCAGAUGACGUGGACCGGAGGGUGCAGUUCGGGAUUGAGAUCGGGAAGGUGCGCGGUUUCCUCCACAAGGACGACGUUGUGAUUAUCCUGACCGGCUGGAGACCCGGAGCGGGUUAUACCAAUAUGAUGAAGGUGGAGAGGGUCCCCUAGAGGGGGUGCCGCCAUCUGUCCUAGACCCCCGGACCCCCUAACAUUUCACAAUAAACAUUCCUUUG